GUGCAUUCAACAAUAUUGUGAUUUGUGAUUGUGACUGGUGGGAUCAAGGUUAUCAGCACGAGCACUUCUUCUCUCACAGAAAGAAAACAUGUUCCAAAUCAAAUCCCAAAGUAUAAAGAUCUCCAACAUCUUCUUUCUUUUCUUACUCACAUCUUUCGUUAUCAUCUCGAUACAACAACGUCCUUGUAGCGCAGCGAGAAACGUACUUCUCGAGACGAUGACCGUGGCCGCGACACCAGCAAUAACGGUUAAAGGACAGCCAGCCGUAAUGGCGAAUUAUCGAGCGGAAGGGAAGUUUCCAUUCUGCAGUUGGUGCUGCAACCCUAUUAUCGGUACUUUGUGUUGCAAAGACCUAGACCAUGGCAAAUGUGUGUAGUAAAUCAUAGUUUACGAAAUGUGAGAUAUGAAAUUAGGAGCAUGAUUAUCUCUAUUACUUUCUCUUCCAAAAUUCAAUCACUAUGGUAAAAAACACAUCGUAUCAUUAUGGUAAGAAUCGUAUCACCCGAUAUAGCUCCAUAGUAACUUACUACUAAUUAAUUUAACACGGGCCAUAGCAAACACAUAAAGUCUUGGUUUUGCAUGCACCAGUAGCUGUGCUCCCAUAGUUCACCCUGCAUCCGUUGUCGCAGUCGGAAUCAACACAUCCAUUCACUAUGUCCACACUUCCUCUCUCACACUUUUUCCCUCCAUUUUCUUCAAUCGUUCGCGUCGCCAUAGCCACUUCGAUAUUUCCUGUAUUAUAAUAACAAUUUGCUAAUUUUUUUAGAUGAUUGGAAGGAAAAUACAUAUUGUACGAUACAACGUGCACUUGGAUUUCGUAUUAGCAUCAUUAGAACCUGUGUUAUAUCUCAAUUCUAUCGUGAAAUCAUAGUAAAAAAAAAGGAUAAGAUUCCAAGGUAUUUACCGAUGAUAACGAAAGAUGCGAGUAAGAAGAGGAGGAAGAUAUUGGAGGUCUUCAUAUUUUGGGGUUUAAUUUGAGACCUGUUUGAUUUUUGGGAGAGAAUAAUUACUUGUGCUAAUAGUCUCAAUAUAUACCACACUAGCCACAAUGUUGUUGAAUUUAUAGAGUAAUGAGAGCUCUCUAUUUAUUUAUAAGGAUUCUGUUGGAGCAAAAUCUAGAUUGUGUUCAUAUUAGCUGACCAAUAUUUAUGGUUAUGUAGGAUACAUUUCCCAUAUAUACCCCUUAAAAAUCUGGUUUUAAGUAAACUAAAUAUAUAGCUGAGAAAAAAAAAAGAGAGAUCCCAUUUAUGUUUUUGAUAAAAUAUAAAAGGAUUUGGAUUUAUCAUUUGAGAGCGGACAUGCACAUUAGUACGAUAUUGUUUGUUCUUAGUCAAGGUUAUACGAAUAUGGUCUUGGGUACCUUUCCAAAAAAAAUUGUACUAAUUGGGGUAGGUGGACACUAAUAUAUGAGAAAUCUUUCACUUAUUUUUUCGAUAUGAUAUUUUUUAUUGAAUCCGAUAUGGUAUUGGGUUGCACACAAAGAAUUAUUUUUCGUAAGCUAAACAUUAAAUGACGUGAUGGAAUAAAAUUAAAAGUUAAAUAGUUCGUACAAUCAAUCUAAAAGCUUGGUAUGAGAAAGAUAAGUGUUUUACCUAUCCAUCACUCUUAUACAUAACGCACUUAAUCUGUGUAGUUUUUCAAUUAUCGCACAUGAUAAGAGAGGGGAAAUGAAUUUGUGAGUGUGUGAAAGGUGGAGUGUAAUGGUUGGCCGAAAAUUGAAUUAUUUUCUAUUUAAACUUUUAAUUAUAAUUAUGAAACUUCUAAUUUAACCAUCAUUGAAUUACCCUUGUUGCAACAUUACAUUUUUUAAAUGAGAAAAAACUAGAUACUUGAAUCCUCAUUAUAAUUAGAGUCCAAAUAGCUCCUUAAAAUGAACAAUAUUUACGGACAUAGUAGUAAACUAUUCAAUCCAAUCCAUCGAUUAAAAUAUUCAAUUAAUCCAAUCCAUUUGAUCUUAAUCAAAUUAGAUUCAUGGAUUGUUGGCAAAUUACAGUUUAGUACCUAUAUUAUUUUGCAACUUGCUACCUAAAAUACCAUUUGAAUAAGAACUUAAAUAUAUCUUCAAGAUAAUUUAGCACAAGAACACCUCGAAUAAUAUGCCUGAAAUAAGCCAACAUAUUACAAGAAUAAAUGAAAAUGGUUAUUUCAAAAAUUAUUUUGAAAAUCAAUUUUUUGCAAUUGAAAUCCAAAAAAAAAAAAAAAAAAGAACCCGCAUUAUUACAAAGCGAAUAGGAUUCCUCUCCAAAACUAAAGGGAGAAAAACAGCGAAAAUAGGAUUCCUCCUUCCAGUUAUAUUUUCCCCUUUUGACUUUCGCCGUAGCUAAUAAUAAAAAGUCUCCGAUCUCGUCGUCUGCCCUGGCAGCCAUAGCCACCACCACCACCAAACCAAUCGCUCGAGAAUCUAAUCCCUUCCCAGUUCCCCAGUCUCUCUCAGCGCUCCAAUCGCAGCUUCCUCGCCAUGACUCAUAUCCUUUUUCUUCUUCUCAUGUCGUUCUCCUCCAAUCUCUCUUAGCUUUCAGAUCUAACGAGUUUGCAAUUGUUUCAUUCAUUCAUUCUCUCAAUUGGUCCUGCUUUUGUGAUUUCCUUGACCCUGUUUUGGUUUGAUCCUCCACGCGGAAAUCAGAGGGAGAAAGAUCGCGAAAGAGCUCAGUCUCGCGGCGGCAAGGGCGCCAAGGGCAAAGAUGAUGGCUUGACCCCUGAACAGCGCCGCGAGAGGUCUUUCUCUUCCCCUUCUCCAUCCAAUCCUUCGUUUUAAGCUUUUCCAAUUCCCUUUUUCGAGCUGCUUGUAGGGAUUCUGAAUUUCUGGGUUCUGCUUUUCUGUGCGCAGGGACGCCAAGGCGCUGCAGGAGAAGACGGCCAAGAAAGCGGCGCAGGCCGCCGGAGGGGAAUCUUCCGGAGGUAAAGGGAACGCUAAGAAAUAAAAAAAAAAGACAAGGGCUUUGAUCUGAAAACAAUUUGGUUCUGUUUGAUCUUUUGUUUAACCAUGACUGCGAAUUGAGUUCGUUCUGGAGCGUCUUAUAUUCGAACCUUGCCUGUGUGUACACUCUGCAUAAUAUUGGAAAAGUUGAGACUUUGUCAAGCCUGAAGGUCCAUUUUUGUGUUAACUGAUAUUGUGGAUGUGUAUGGUUUAUUUUCACUUGAUUCACUUCCAUUGACAACCUUGAUUUUGUUGUGUUGUGCUGGGUCUCGGUUGCUUUUUGCUCUGUGAGUUACUCUUUCUCAAAUUGGAAUACUGAAUCUAAUGCCUUGCUAACCAGAAGUGAAUUUGGCAUAGAUAUGCUGUAUAAUGUAUAUGAUUGGUUGCAAGUUAUCCUGGUGGUCAUGCUUGUGCACAUUCCGUCGUGAAAUUCGAAUAACACAUUAGUCUGUAAUGGUCUCAUGUAUAAUGGCUGUGAUGAUUUUGUAUUUGACCCCUCAAGUAGUUAAGAUUGCCAUGUUCAGAGGAUUAGCGAAUCUGAACUCGAAUCGUAUAGCAAGUCUGCAGCUACCAGGCAUAGAUUAGUUGGCCAAAGUGGACCAAUUUCUGGUGGCUUGUGUCAAAUAUAAGCAUGAAAUCCUGUUAGUAAAAGGGUAUCUUCCUGCCUGCUGUUAUGGCGUCGUGCAUUUUGGUGGAGAUCAGCAUGGUUCGUUCACUUUGUGUAUAAAGAAGCAGCUCUCUUGCUGCAUGUCUGUAGUAAAUGCUUCAUCCAGGGCUCAGAACACCAUGUUAGCACUGGAUGAAAGGUUAUAUUGAUUUCAUCCAUUGCAUUUUGUGUUGUUUGCGUACGAUGUAGGCAUCUAACUAAGCAUCUGUUGCGAGGCUUGUUGCGUAGUGUUCAUUAUCAGUGUUUAAACUGGUCUGCUCCCUGUUCAAGCUUGAUUUUUUUUAUAACGCGUUAUUAUGAACAGAAGGCGUUUAGGAGAUGUGUUUUCUCUUGGCAGUUUUAGCUUCACAUCUUAUAAGUUGCAUAAUGAAGUAGUUAAACACAU